AUGGCAUCUUUACCAGAGACGAAUCAAGCGGCUGGCGAGCCAACCUCGAUCAAAGAUCAAGCAUUAUCGACAGGCGCAUCAGCAACUCAGACCUUUGCUCCCAUGCAGAAUAUUUGUGCACACCUCAACGCGUUUCACGCCUACGUGUCGGAUCCUACCCGAGUUGUCGAAGCCAAUCACUACUGCGGCCAUUUGAACGAAGACGUACGACAGUGUAUUAUUUACGACAGUCCUGAGCCGACUGCCCGGAUCAUCGGUGUUGAGUACAUGAUAAGCCCCACGCUAUACGAAACACUUGAGGCCGAGGAACGGAAAUUAUGGCAUAGCCACGUGUACGAGGUUAGAUCUGGGAUGCUCAUUAUGCCGCAGCCUGCUUUACCAGAUGCAGCCUGGCAGCUGGUCGAAAAUAAGGAGAUGGAGGAAGUGGUAAAACUGUAUGGAAAAGUGUAUCACUUGUGGCAAGUCGACCGCGGGGAUAAGCUGCCUUUGGGCAAGCCGGAGUUGAUGACGAGCUACACGGCGCCCGGGCAAUUUGAUUUCGAGAACUUUGUCGGUGACAGAGAUCGAAGAUUCCAAUCGGACUACAAGAGGAAGGAGAAGGCAAGAGAAGGGAUUAAGAGCCCAAAAAUCCACCCUGAUACAGACCAAGCAUGGAAGACACAGGGCAAGGUGCGCGACGACAGAGAGGACCUGAGAAAAUAG